CAGAUUUCCUGCUGUUCCUCACAAUUAGAUUUAUUAGAUCCCCAUUAUCCGACGCCAAUGGGCGACAGCUAGUUACACUGGGAUCCAAGACAUUACAGACAAAAGACUACAAUUUACAUACGUUUAAAACGUGUGUUUGCAUCUAUCCGUUACACAUACAUGUCAGUACAUACACACAAGUACUGUAGGUCACGUGUGGGAGAGGCGUGCCAUGAGGUGUUGCUUUAUUUGUUUUGUGAAAUCAGGUUUGCUUUUCACUUACGCUACAUGAGAUGGAAGAGAGUUCCAUGCACACAUGGCUCUGUAUAAUACUGUACGUUUCAUUGAAUUUGUCCUGGACCUGUGUACAGUGAAAAGACCCCUGCUGGCAUGUCUGGUCGGAUAACCCUCAAUUUGGGACCAUGGUUGUCAAACAGGGGAGGCAAUGGAGGUCGAUGUGCAAAGGCCUUGUCCUGGGUACCCUACUUACCAGCUGUAUGGUCCUGGUCUACUGCCUUUCUGCUCCACAGGUCCACUUCAACCUGCCUGAGGUGCCAGUGCCUUACUCCUGCGCUCAUCGGCCUGCUCAAGCCCACGCCACACCAUUCACAAAUGACUCCCAGCAUGCCGCGGGACAGACGGGCCUCUGCACUCCCAAAGUGGAUGUCAUGUUCAUGAAGACCCACAAGACGGCCAGCAGCACGCUCCUCAACAUCCUCUUCCGCUUCGGAGAAAAGCACAGGCUCAAGUUUGCCUUUCCAGACAGCCGUAAUGACUUCUUCUACCCAUCCCCAUUCCAACGCUCCCAGGUCAAGGACUACAGGCCUGGCAUGUGCUUCAAUAUCAUAUGCAACCACAUGCGCUUCAAUGCACCGGAGGUGGCCAAGGUGCUCCCAACAGACACCUCCUACAUCACCGUCCUCAGAGACCCGGCUGAGCUCUUUGAAUCCUCCUUCCACUACUUUGGCCGCCUGGUGCCCAUGACCUGGAAAAUACCAGGCAAGGACAAGGUGAGGGAGUUCCUCCGUGACCCCCACCACUACUUUGACCCUGAUGGCUUCAACUCCUUCUACCUCAAGAAUCUUCUGUUCUUUGACUUCGGGCAGGACAACACUCUGGAGCUGGGCGACCCGAGGGUGGAGGAGGGCAUCCGGGCCAUCGCAGGCUGCUUCCAGCUGGUCAUGCUGGUGGAGCACUUUGAGGAGUCCCUCAUCCUGCUCAUGGACGCCCUCUGUUGGGAGAUGGACGACCUGCUCUUCUUCAAGCUCAACGCCCGGAAGGGCUCCACCGUGUCCAAACUGACCCCAGAUUUGAGGGCCAAGGCCCUGGAGUGGAACGCCGUGGACUGGAGGCUGUACCAACACUUCAAUGCCACCUUCUGGAGGAAGGUGGAGGCAUACGGGCACCAGCGGAUGGCUGACGAUGUGGCGGAGCUCCGGAGGAGGAAUGCAGAGAUGGCGGCCGUCUGUAUUGAGGGAGGGCAUGCUGUGGAUGCAGAUAGCAUCCAGGAGACAGUCAUGCAGCCCUGGCAGCCCAUCGGGGAGAAGUCCAUCAUGGGCUACAACCUGAAAAAGAACGUGGACAAGGCCCACCUCAAGCUGUGCCGUAAGAUGCUCACACCCGAGCUGCAAUACCUGACAGAGCUGGGGGUCAACCUGUGGAUCACUAAGCUGUGGGGUCAUGUGAGAGACAUGAUCAACUGGUGACAAGCGGGUGACAAGCGGGUGACUGGAGGGUGAUUUGAGAGACAGGGGACAAUUUUACAUUAGAGAGCAUAGAGGGAGAGAGAGAAAGAGAGAGAGAGAGGCUGAGUGUGUGGCAUAUCCUUGGCCUGAAUAAGGUCAUAAGGGGGUUUGUUUAGCAUAGCCUCCUCAAUCAUGGAAUGAUGAACUCUUCCUAUGUGUCAGCAGUAUUGACUUGUUUGCCUAAAUGGAAAACUCCACCCCAAAACUAUCUUUUGGUAUUUGUUUCAUUAGUCCAUUGUUGAUAUUGUCCCAAAACGUUUUGCAUGUCAGCAAUCAAGCUUUCAGAAAUACAGCUACUAUGAUGCAUUUUGAAUCAUAUGAUGCUGUGUUUUGCAUACCAGCUGUAUUUCUGUAUUUUGAAAGUUUUAUAUCUUGAAAACUUGAUCGCUGACAAGCAAAACAUUUUGGGACUAUAUCAACAAUGCAGUGCUUAAUUUGUAAAUUGGUAGGUGCCAGAACAAAGUGUGCCAGAGAGGGGGGUGACUUGGGGGGGGGCUCUGAUGUACCAGAAUCCAUGAAAAAAAACACCUUUAUAAUAAAUUCCAUGCAGCAUUAUCAUAGCUUUUGCUACUGGCAUAGAGCGGUAGAGAGGAAAAAAAUGUAGCCUAGUGUCAGUGAAAAAUGUGGCCUUUUAUUAAAACAUUUAAUGAAAUUAAUUCUACAUCAUUUUAGAUUAAUGGAGACUUUAGCAUACUUGUCACAGCUGUCAAAAGGAGAGGACCAAGGUGCAGCGUGUGUGUCGUUCCACAUUUUAUUUACUCUGUGAAACUAUGCAAUACAUCAAAUAACUGAAUAGACAAAAACAACAAACCGUGACGCAGAGAAACAAACACUACUCAAAAAUAAUCACCCACAAAACCCAGGAAGAAAACCCCCUACUUAAGUAUGAUCUCCAAUUAGAGACAACGAGAACCAGCUGCCUCUAAUUGGAGAUCAUCCCUAACAAACCAAAAUAGAAAUACAAAAACUAGAACCUAAGAACAUAGAAAUAGAACACAUAGAAUAAACCCCCCUGUCACGCCCUGACCUACUCUACCAUAGAAAAUAACAGCUUACCAUGGUCAGGAGGUGACAAUACUAUUUAUUAAUACCUCACAAAUGAUCGAAAUGACAGGCUAUUUUGACACUGACAAACUGAGAUUCUGAGAUCACUAGAAAUGAGUUUGUCUUAAAUCCAUCAAUAGCCUAGACCUAGGUGUGCGGGGGAGUCACGUAUUAUACAAUAUGAAGAGGAAAUUAUAGUCCUAAAAAAGCUUUGCAGUUUCACUGACUCUCCCAAUGAUGCGCUGCUCACUCGCCGGUGAUGGCGGAUGCGCUCGUGCCAAAAAGCUUAUCUCUCUCUUGUUUUACAAUAAGCCUAUUUGGAAGUUGAUAACAGAUUAGCUUUUUUUUCAGCAGGAUCCAUUAGCAUUCCAACCUGUGUUUUCCCGCGAUUGUAUUUGAAAUAUUGCGAAAUGUCUGUUUUGGCCGCAUGCUGUUUGUUCACUGACAGAAUUUCCGCGCGUUCCUGAUUGUAGGCAUGCCUUGCGGUUGGGCUACACACAAUCCACACCUAGCCAAUUUUUUUAUAAGCUAUUGAUCCUCUGUGGGUAAAUUAUAGGUUUACUCCUGAUGUAGUAUUCAGAAUUGUUUCAGUUCUUCCUGAACAGACAGCAGUAAGUAUAUAGCGUUGGCAAAUGUAGGCUAUUUCAAUCUAUCAGGGUUGCUGCGGCACCUCCAGCAACCUUCCUGUGGCUAUGAUUAUAUAAGGAAAUAAAUGAUGAAGUGCAAAGCUGGAGAGAAGAGAGUUGAAGGUUCAUGCCUAUCAGAGUAGAAAGAGGGAGAGAGAGAUCAUAGAAAGUGAAUCUCAUUUUAGUUAUGUAAAGGACACAGUCGUGCUUCCUUCUCUCACCACAGCAAUGGUCACGCGUUGGUAUAGGGCACAAUGUUGGGCAAACCAUAAACCCGGGCCAGCCCAACAUGAAUACAUUCUUAGAAUAUCAGGCACGUUUUCCCAUUACGUUUUUUACGGGGCAGGAGAAUUACAGAGGAGUCAAAGUUGAAUUAACUCUGAUUGCUUUUAUUAUAUUUUUUACAUUGCAAACAGUGAAAAUAAUUGUUCAUGCCACAAGAUGUACCGGAUCCUGGCAAAUGGGUUCUGGAAUGAAAAUGUCCAAAAAUGAGAAGUGCCGGACCUGUUCCAGCAGGAUCCGGCUCAAAUUAAGCACUGUAACAAUUGACUAAUGAAACAAAUACCAAAAUAUAUUUUCCCAUAAAUACAGUGCAUGUUUGUAAAAUGUAAUGUACCCGGUAGGUGCUUGAGAACGGCAACGUUUUCAGUUACAAUCUGAAGAUAUGCAUACCAUUGUAACAUACCCCACUCUCCCGCUUUAAAAUGUGUGUUGUGUUUAUAGGGGGCAAAUGGUCCCUUUUAUUUCCCCCCUAUUUAUUUAUGGUGAAAUUGAAUACUAUUGAAAACUGACCCGAACCAUUUCCCCAUUUGUCUAUUUGGUUGGUUUCAAUGACAACAAGUUCAGAUUUCCCUUUAUGAAAGACACAUUCAAGAACAUAUUGAGGGCAAAUUUAGGACAAUAAAAUGUGAAUACUGAAUAGUCGGAUCUAACCCAUCAGCCCUGCCAAUUUUAGAAAGUGAUACUCUUGUAUUUUCGAAAUAAAGACCAAAUGAAAAAGGUG